AUGAGUGAUACUAGACAAGUAGUAGAAGAAGGAAAGAUAUGGAGAGAAAAGGGAAAUAAACAAGUGUCGGUGAAAGAGUAUGAUAGUGCACUCGAAUCGUAUACACAGGCAAUCCGACUCAACCCAAGUGAUUAUGCGGCACUUACUAAUCGUAGUUGGGUGUAUUUCUUGCAGUCGAAAUGGCAAUCAUCUCUAGUUGAUGCACAAGCUUCAAUCAAUAUAAAUCAAUCUUGGGUAAAGGGAUACUAUCGAAAAGCAAUAGCUUUGAAACAAUUGAAAAGAUAUAGAGAUGCAAUUGAUACUUUAGACUAUGCUAUAAAGAGUCCCGUCUUGAAGGGUACCAUUCAUUUGACAGAUACCAAGUUAUUCAUCAAUGAAAUAGAUACAAUCACUAAAUCAAUCAUUGAUUAUAUGACAUUGCAACAAGAUGAGAAAACUACUACAAAACAACAUCAACAAGUAGAUAAAGUAGAUAUCAAGAUGAUUGGAGGUGAUUUGGGAAAAGGUGUAUUUACACAAACUGGAAUCCAAGCAAACACGGCAGUCACAGUAGAGUAUCCAUUGGUAUCACACAUAUCUUGUAAAUAUCUUGGUCAGUAUUUGGAUCAAGGUACCAACAACAACAACAACAACAACAAGUCGUCGACAUGGUAUCAAACAUGUUCGCAUUGUAUGGAGAAUCGUAUUAGAGAUCCAACUAUAUUAUCAAAGUUGUUGGGUGAUCAACCGUAUCGUGAAAUCUACUCGUCACUCUACCCCAACUCUAAAGAGUAUAUUGUAUGUGGUCAUUGUAAAGUGGAAUAUUAUUGUUCAGAGUCUUGUCAACAACUUGCUUGGUCACAAUACCAUCAAAUUCAAUGUCCACACAUGUCAAUCAUUAAACAACAAUUAUAUCCUCAUUGCAUUGAAAAUGAACAAACCAAUCCAUUAAUCAUUUCAAGAAUGUUUGCAAUGGUAUUACAAUCAAUCAUAUAUCAACAAAAAGAGUUUACAGAAUCAAUCAUUCCAUUUACCUUUUUCAUUUCAAAUGGUCAAUGGCAAAGUAAAGGUGAUGAAAAAGUAUUAUCUAUUUUAAAAUCUAUUUUUAAAAAUGAAAGUCAAUUGGAUCAAGUUUUAACAAUUGAAAGAUAUAGACAAUUUAAUUCAAUUAUUCAAUGUAAUGCAUCAAAAAUCAAUCCAUUGUCACGAAUUCAUAUGUUGAUUGAAAAGAAUACGAUAGAGUCACCUGCUCUACAAGACUAUAUACAAUUGGUAGAGGAUGGUCCCAAAGUACCAUUUGGUGAGCCACUGCUAAACUUGUUGGAGUCAUUAUCGGAUUGUUGUGUACAUGGUAGUGGAUUGUACGUCUAUGCCAACAGUUGUAAUCACUCAUGUUCACCAAAUGCAGCCAUCACCAAUGAAUCAACUAAUUUCUCGGCAACCAUACGUUCCAUCACUGAUAUUCCCAAUGGCAAUCAAAUUGAAAUAUCAUACAUUGAAGAAGACCAACCAUCACAAACCAGACAAUCAGAAUUAAUUGAUAAAUAUAAAUUUAAAUGUCAUUGUCAAAAAUGUACAAACAGAAUAAUUAAAUAA